GCAAACAUGAUUAUCACUUCCUUUUCAGUUUUAGGUCUCCUCUCGUGCUGAUCUGCUAUGCGUGGGCUACAACGAUAAUAAGUUAACUUGUUAGCAAACUUGCCCCUUGAGGGAUAAUUGUUGCAUCCAAAAUCUCCUACUCGCAUAACUAAAUUGCACAGAAAUAUUUAGGACAUGCCGAACAUCGUGCUUUUCAGCGGGAGCUCCCACCAAGACCUGUCACAAAAAGUGGCUGAUCGCCUCGGACUGGAAUUGGGGAAAGUGAUUACGAAGAAAUUCUCCAACCAAGAAACAUGCGUGGAGAUCGGGGAGAGCGUGCGCGGCGAGGACGUCUACAUUGUGCAGAGCGGCUGCGGCGAGAUCAAUGACAACCUGAUGGAGCUGCUGAUCAUGAUCAACGCGUGCAAGAUCGCCUCGUCGUCCCGCGUCACCGCCGUCAUCCCCUGCUUCCCCUACGCCCGGCAGGAUAAAAAAGACAAGAGUCGUGCUCCUAUCUCAGCCAAGCUGGUGGCCAACAUGCUGUCUGUAGCCGGCGCCGACCACAUCAUCACAAUGGACCUCCACGCCUCGCAGAUCCAGGGAUUCUUCGACAUCGCCGUGGACAACCUGUAUGCAGAGCCCGCGGUCCUCCAGUGGAUCCGGGAGAACAUUCCAGAGUGGAAGAACAGCUGCAUCGUGUCCCCUGACGCUGGAGGAGCCAAACGAGUGACCUCCAUAGCUGACCGUCUGAAUGUGGAGUUUGCCCUCAUCCACAAGGAGAGGAAGAAGGCCAACGAGGUGGACCGCAUGGUCCUGGUCGGAGACGUGAAGGACCGCGUGGCCAUCUUGGUCGACGACAUGGCCGACACCUGCGGUACCAUCUGCAAAGCUGCUGAGAAAUUGAUUGAUGCCGGUGCGAUCAAGGUCUAUGCUAUCCUCACGCACGGCAUAUUUUCCGGUCCGGCCAUCACGCGAAUCAACGAUGCUCCCUUCGAGGCCGUGGUGGUCACCAACACCAUACCCCAGGAGGAGAAGAUGAAGUCAUGCCCAAAGAUACAGAUCAUAGAUAUAGCCAUGAUCCUGGCCGAGGCGAUCAGGAGAACCCACAACGGCGAGUCUGUGUCCUACCUCUUCAGCCACGUUCCCUUGUAAAGGAUGGCCACGAGCAGAGGCCACAGCAGCCAUUUCCUCUCCUCAUGGUCCAAUCAGCUCGCACCUUCAAUGACCCCCGCCCUCCCGGAAGUCCUUAAACCCUGACGGUUUGGGCCAAUUACAUGUGACCAAUUCCUAAAGGCCACGCCCACUUUCCCAGCUCCGUUGUUCCGUGUGGAGACCCAAGAAAGAGUAUCACCUCCUCUGAGACCAGCAAGUUUCUAUUUAUGUGUAUUACCAUGUUAAGAUUUCCUUACUGUGUUUGUUUCAAUAUCAUGCUUUGCCAGCCUUGCCACGCAAGGGAUCUGACUGUCGUUUUAACCGAAGGUCCAUUGCCUAACGAUGUUCCUGUUUGUUUUACCUCAUUUUCCUUCCAUUUCACUAUAAAUGAAAGCCUUCCAUUGUGUGAUGUCACUUCUUGAUUCAUCUGACUGUUCUAACCUGCUCCGUGGAGAAUCUGCAACGCUGCUGGUUUUAGAGGCACCUUUGUUUCAUCAAUACACGCCGAUUGCGAAAUACCAGGGUCCUAUUCAUUAGACUAAAAACGGUAGCAAAUGGGGAGGGACUAUCUGUACAAUAAGAAAUGCCUGUCUUCAUUUUCUGUUGCGGGAUUUUUUGCAACGGCGUGUGCUAAUCAAUGCCACCUCGGGUUGUUUAGUCAUCAACAGCUGAUUUGUUUUUGAUUUCUUUAUUUUUUAACCAGCAACAUUUUGGUUAGUGUGGGACUUUUUUCCAGAGUAGAGGCUGUAUUUGUACAACCAGCAAAUAGAUUCCUACAUAAUGUUUAAGCAUCGAGCAUUGUCUUCUUAACGUCCCAAUAUUGUAUCAUGGAAUUCAAUUUGAGAUAUGAGAGAGACCAUUGUAAGCAUUUCCACAAUUUCUGGCAUUCUAGUUAAAACAUUAUUUCGUUAGUGUCACGUAAAGGCCAAAUCUGAUUUGCCAUUUUAGUUUCCUUCAUUUAGUAUGCCCCUGGUGGUGCACUCCCUCUUGUGACGGACUAGUGUCAAUGCAGGGCCUCAUGCUCAAUUUCGUAUUUCUGAUUUACCAUCUUGAAUCGGCAAUCUGAUAGGAUGAAAUUAAUAGAACGGGUAUCCAAAUUCAAGUCAAUGACACACGCUGUAUUUGUCAAUAUAAUCCGAUUGCCGAGAUCCGUUAACUUGGAACAACUGGGGACAGUACCUCUGUAUAUCAAGUUUAUCCAUCUUCUCAAAGGGUGAUUGGUCGAACAACCCACACCCAUAAGGUCAUGAAGUAUAAAAAUUCUACUUUUCUCAUGUCUUGAAUGUUUUUUUUUUUUCAAGUAUUCGUUGAGAAAAAAGUUAUAAUGUAUGAGUGUAACUCCUCUGCGUUCAUUUUCUCCGGUUGUACGUUGAGUGUGCGCCAAAGGCAGUCUUCAGAAUGAAUUAGCGGAUGGGUUGAAAGCUGCUGGCGGACAGGCAGCCACACGGUUUUUUUUUAAGUUGUUUUUUUUAACAUCACCAGGGUUUUCAUUGACAAUAAAAAAUUUGACAAUGACGUUA